AUGGCUGGGCUGGCUGUCAUCCUAGGGGUAUUCUGGGGAGUUUGCUUCCUCAGCAUUGCCCUUCUCAAGUGGAACGAGCUCCGGUACCGGAAGAAAGGCCUCCCGCCCGGCACCAUGGGCUGGCCCGUCUUCGGCGAGACCACCGAGUUUCUCAAACAAGGCCCAAGCUUCAUGAUUAACCAGAGAUCAAGGUUUGGGGAUUUCUUCAAAUCCCACAUCUUGGGCUGCCCCACCGUAGUCUCGAUGGAUCCCGAGCUCAACCGCUACAUCCUAGCGAACGAGGCCAAGGGCCUUGUCCCGGGCUACCCUCAGUCCAUGCUCGACAUCCUCGGGAAAUGCAAUAUUGCAGCUGUGCAUGGCCCGGCCCACAAGCACAUGAGAGGGGCCUUGUUAGCACUCAUUAGCCCAACCAUGAUUCGGGAGCAGCUCCUCCCGAAGAUCGAUGACUUCAUGAGAUCCCAUCUCCGGAAUUGGGACUGCAAGAUCAUCGACAUUCAAGAGAAGACGAAAGAGAUGGCAUUUCUAUCGUCACUUAGGCAGAUAGCAAGUGAGGAAGCAAGCUCGAUAUCCCGGGACUUCAUGCCCGAAUUCUUCAAGCUCGUUCUCGGGACACUUUCGCUUCCGAUCAACCUUCCCAAUACGAACUAUCACAUGCUCGGUUUUCUGGUCGGUCCGGAGAAUAGAUACAAGCUGAAUGACGAGGAGAUGAUCGAUCUAAUAAUCACGAUUCUGUAUUCGGGAUACGAAACCGUGUCGACUACUUCUAUGAUGGCCGUCAAGUAUCUACACGACCAUCCAGAAGUGCUCGAGGAGCUAAGGAAAGAACAUAUGGCUAUAAGAGAAAGAAAAGGGCCCGAGGAUCCUAUUGAUUACAAUGACUACAAAUCGAUGCUGUUUACACGUGCCGUCAUAUACGAGACGUCGAGACUAGCCACGAUCGUUAAUGGGGUUCUCAGGAAAACAACUAGAGAUAUGGAAAUGAAUGGAUAUCUCGUUCCGAAAGGAUGGAGGAUAUAUGUGUACACAAGGGAGGUUAAUUACGAUCCGUGCCUUUAUCCAAAUCCAUUAACAUUCAACCCGUGGAGAUGGCUGGAAAAAGGCCCGGAAAACCAGCAGCAUUUCUUGAUUUUCGGGGGCGGCACUAGACAAUGUCCCGGGAAGGAACUCGGUCUAGCCGAGAUAUCUACAUUCCUUCACUACCUAGUGACUAAGUACAAAUGGGAAGAAGUCGGGGGAGAUGAGCUAAUGAAAUUUCCUAGAGUCGAAGCGCCUAACGGGCUUCGGAUUAAGGUUUCAAGCCGCUAG